CUCACGCACAUUUAAGUAAAUUGUCAUGAGCCAAAUGCCAGGAAAGAUUCGUAAGCUCUCCGCGCGGAGCGCCGGUGUAUAAACGGCCUGUCGAAACUGUCGAAAGGCUAAAUGUCGUAUUUACUUAUUUUACCAACGAGAUUUUCAUAUGUUUCGCCACUAUCUUCGGUCUGCCGUAUUCUUGAAUCGGUGUGAGAUUACAGGAACAGCUUGAGCCCUGGAAGACAUAACCAACGGCCGAAAGAAUCCACUUUUAAGGCGGUCGCAUCACGUACUGGAGGGGCGAUGUUCGCCAAAAAGAAGAAGAAACCACAGAUAUCCACUCCCACAAACUUUGAACAUCGUGUACAUACUGGAUUUGACAAGCGGGAGGGAAAGUUUAUCGGACUCCCGUUGCAAUGGGCCUCUAUUGUGGGAAACAAUCAAAUAUUAAAGUCCACCAACCGUCCGUUGCCCUUGGUGGACCCCAGCGAAAUAACACCCACAGAAAUACUUGACUUGAAGACCAUUGUUCGAGGUCACAAUGAUCUUAAAGCAAGGAUAUCGUUCAGCGAUAAGACCACAGAAAAUGGACUACCUAAGACUAGCACAGUCGCUAGAUCAAAUUCCCUUCGUUCUUCUAGCCCACCAAGACUCAGGCGAGAUUACAGGCAUAAUAGUAAUCUACCACCUUCUGUACCAGAAGGUCAGGAAGUACCACCUAAUGCUAAUCAAAUACAAGGAUACACUAAUUUUGGGAAGCAACAUAAUUAUGUUGAUAAGCUACGUCAAAAUUCACCUAGUGUCACAACUGGACUGAAUCCUAAUGUACAAAAUAUGAUUCCUAAUCUCCAGAAUCUUAAUCCGAAUAUGCAAUCGUCUCCAAAUUUAACUCAAACUGGAUUGAACGCUCCAAAUUUAUCUUUGAACUUCCAAAAUUUAAGUCCCAUUAUAAAUCCACAGAACCCCGUGUCAAAUCCAAGCACUCCUCAACUGGCAGAACCUGAUUUUCAUAGACUUAACUCUCAAAUAACAAUGUCUGGUCAAUACAAUGGAAGCAUUCCAGUGACGAAUACAGAGUCAUCUGCAAGAGACCAACAGACAGCUCCAAACGUUAUUUUACAUAAGAUACAACCUAAGAUUUCACCAGUAGGAUCUAUAGCUUCUCAACGGCCGCUAAGCCAAUUAAGUUCACAUAACAUCAAUAAAUAUUCGCAAGCGUAUAGUAUGCAAGACAACUCGUCGAUCCUACAAUCCCAAAUGAAGAAGCCCAUCGAGGUGUCUCAAUCGAUGCAUAAUCUAUCCAAGUCAAACUUGCCGUCCUCCGGAAGUAGUUCGACUCCGGAUCAAAAUCAAAACAUGAAGAGCGCCUUAUCUUCGGGUAAUUUGGCAGUUGGUUCGAGUUCAAGUGCCUCUACCAAACAAACAGCGGCAGAACAAAGGCUUACGCAUGAACAAUUUCGGGCAGCUUUGCAGAUGGUGGUAAGUCGAGGUGAUCCAAGAGAGAAUCUGGAGAAUUUCCUCAAGAUCGGCGAAGGUAGUACUGGAACGGUGUGUAUAGCAACAGAAAAGAAUACAAACCGGCAAGUGGCGGUGAAGAAGAUGGACUUAAGGAAGCAGCAGAGGCGAGAGUUACUUUUCAAUGAGGUGGUUAUCAUGAGAGAUUAUCACCAUCCGAAUAUUGUCGAAAUGUACGAUAGUUUCCUGGUGGACGACGAAUUGUGGGUCGUGAUGGAGUACCUUGAGGGAGGUGCUCUCACAGAUAUUGUUACGCAUUCUCGCAUGGAUGAAAGCCAGAUAGCUACCGUAUGCUCCCAGUGCCUUAAACCACUUGCAUAUCUACACUCUCAAGGUGUCAUUCACAGGGAUAUAAAAUCCGACUCUAUAUUGCUUACGGCUGACGGUAGGGUAAAGUUAUCUGAUUUCGGAUUUUGCGCCCAAGUAUCGCAAGAAUUACCCAGGCGAAAGUCCCUUGUGGGCACACCAUAUUGGAUGAGCCCUGAAGUUAUUUCUAGGUUACCAUACGGUCCCGAGGUAGACAUUUGGUCAUUAGGUAUAAUGAUCAUCGAGAUGGUCGACGGUGAACCACCGUUUUUCAACGAACCUCCUUUGCAAGCCAUGAGACGUAUUAGAGACAUGCCUCCGCCGAAGCUAAAAAAUUCUCAUAAAGUUAGUCCACGGCUUCAAGGCUUUCUCGAAAGAAUGCUUGUCCGUGAUCCAGCACAGAGAGCUACGGCAACGGAAUUAUUGCAACAUCCGUUCCUCAGACAAGCUCAAAGUCCAAGCAUCUUGAUUCCGUUAAUGAGGGGUUCCAGGCAUACAAAUUGUUGACAAGUCGAUGAUAAGAAGUAUGAGUGUGGUAACUGAUUUAUUAACACAGAUGUCGGUCUGCAAGUAACCGUGUCUACGGUCACGCGUUGAAUGUUUUGUUAUAUACUAAACUGUAGAAUAAUGCUCCGCGAGAUUUAUUCGCCAGUCUAUCGAGCUUCCCCGACGCUAUCCUGGUUGUUAAAAAACCUAAGACUUAUCUUCAUCAGAAGCGAAAAAUCUUUGAUAUGUCUGUCAUUUACUGCCGCGGUUUGCUGUUAGGAAUGAUAAGAGGAGAGCGAGAUGCCCAUAUCGUUAACAGCACAGCUGUACAAUAUGCAAGUGUCCAAGAACAUUCGAGUGGCCUUUGUUAGAUAAUCUUACAUUCCAGUGGGGCCUUACCUUAAAAGUGUUAUGUUAAGAAUUUACGAAUGUCUGUGUUGCCUGUGAUGGGCAUUGUCGUCAUGAAAAGUAUUUUUAUAUCGAGUUAUUUAAAAAUAAUAUUGUACCACUAAGUGCCUUCGUAAUGAGCACCGUUUCAUCUUUCGAUUUAAGCGUGUUACUUAAACUUGAUAGCAGUUUUACUGUACCUCGUCUGCCUGCCGCCUUAUUUUAAUUAGCAUCACGAUAACAUCUUCGCAAACGCUGCUAUUACGCUUGUACUUAAGGUCACAAUCGAAUAGUCAUAUUUAAUUCGAAAGCGUGUAACGCGAAUUCGAGCACCAAACAUAGAUGAGAAGGCAGUAAUGUGUUGUGUCAACGAUCCACCUUUUGUUUUUCUUUUUUUUUUUAAAUUAGUGCUUACGUUUAAUUUAUUUGACUUUUAAAAACAAAAAUUGCUGCAAGCAUACGAAAGCUCGUUCAACUUCUAGAGACUGAUGCAUUUGCGGUAAUCAAGUAUUGCGACGAAGUGAUUGAUAUUACUGAAAGUAUUUUAAAUUUAACGUUUUUUAACAAUUCAAUAUGUAGAAUUAUUACUACUGAACAAAAGAGAAUGUUAAGUUUGAAAAUAUGCUAGACACCGAGUACCGUUACAGAAUUCUGAGCAGAACUUACGAAUUUGGUCUCUUGAGAUCCGCAUUCAAUUAUAAGUAUCGUACGAUAAUCUAGCAAAAAAUUUCAAGCUACUAAUCAUUCUUUGUAAGAAUGUCUUAGACCGAAUCGUAAUCGUAUAGAAUGCCAUUUAUUUAAAUCAGGUAAGACAUAAAAAAUAAGACGGGUGAAAGCCAUCGAUGAAUUAAGCAAUUAUGGAUAUAUAAAGUACACUUAACAAUAGAAUAUUUACAAGAUGUAGAUAUUACUAAAUACUGUCUCAAAGUUAUGUAAAUGUUAUUACGCAUGUAGGAACAGCUGACUAAAUAUCUCACAUUUGUAACAGAUAAAAGUAUCUCAGUCAGUUGUGUAUGAAACAAAUAACGUACAAAGAAAUUGUUGUAUAUUCGUUUACACGCAAAGCAAUUGCAUUGCUGCGCGAGUAAACGCGAUGAUACAGUAGAAUGUCAAACUGAAAAGUAACAUGGAAACGUAUAAUAAGAAAAUAGAAAAAAUGUUUACUAUGAAAAUCUCUUGUUUGUUAUGUAAAUACGGUAUUUCAUUGAAAAUUUGUAAAGGGUUCUGUACGCAUCUACUCAAAAGUUUUGGCAAAUAGAAUAGGAUAUUAUGCUUUUAAAAUAUGGAAGAAAAUAACGAAACAUAGGGAGAGAGUACAACUAUAAAAUGUUGAAUGUUUAGCAUAAUUCAGCAUGGCUGUUCAGAAUCGCGAUUUUCAGUGAGUUACUGUAACUCGUUUGUUAAAAUACAAGUUGAAUAUACAUUAAAGAA